AUGUCGAUCGAGGACAGCGAGGGAGCCAAGACCGCAUCCGCUGCGGGGUACGAGGGAAGAAGGCCUGUAGUCAAUAAGACCAGACCUAACAAUAAUGCUGUGGAGGCAGAAAACGCAAGAAAAAGAGGGGUCGCACACAUACAGCCACUGACCACAACAGAGAUAGGGAUAGCGCUCCUAGACCUACGUAACGAAGUUGCAGCACUCAGAAAGGAGCAGAAGGAUGAGAGAACCACAAGGCAACAACAAAUGGACAGGAAUGAAGCCAUGUUUAAAGACCUGGUGGAUGCGUACAUAGGCAUGACUACCACAGUAAAGGAACUGAAGACCGAAGUUACUGAUAGACUAAACAAGAACAUCGGCGAGAUCAAGGACAAGCUCAACACAAUCGCUACCAAAUAUGACAUGAAUGCCCAAAUGAGAUCCACUC